GCCUUGCCCAACUCUGGUACAACAUAACAAAAAGAGCAGGCUAUGAAAUAAGAUGGCAAAGAAGAAAUUUACUAGAUUAGAAAUCUUUCUGAUUGUCCUCUUUACUAUAGUUACAAUAAUAGCUAUUGCCCUGGUUGCUGUUUUAGCAACUAAGACACCUGCUGUUGAAGAAAUUAAUGAUUCUACUUCAACCCCAGCUACCACCCAUACAACCACUGUGUAUCCUGGUUCAGGAAAAUGUCCGAGUGAGCUAAAUGAUCCUGUCAAUGAGAGAAUAAACUGCAUUCCAGAACAGUUUCCAACACGGGCACUUUGUGCAACUCGAGGUUGCUGCUGGAGACCAUGGAAUAAUUCUGUUGUUCCUUGGUGCUUCUUCGUAAAUAACCACGGCUAUAAUGUUGAGGGAACAACAACAACAAAUACUGGACUUGAAGCCAAAUUAAACAGGAUACCUUCACCUACACUAUUUGGAAAUGACAUUAACAGUGUUCUCCUCACAACUCAAAGUCAGACACCCAAUCGUUUCCGGUUCAAGUUUACUGAUCCAAAUAAUAGAAGAUAUGAAGUUCCUCAUCAGUUUGUAAAAGAAUUUAGUGGAUCAGCAGCUUCCGAUACCUUGUAUGAUGUGAAAGUUAUAGAAAAUCCGUUUAGCAUCAGAGUUGCUAGAAAAAGCAAUAAUAGAAUUUUGUUUGACACCAGCAUUGGUCCCCUGGUAUACUCUGACCAAUAUUUACAGAUUUCAGCCAGACUUUCUAGUGAAUAUAUGUAUGGUAUUGGGGAACAUGUUCAUAAGAGAUUUCGUCAUGAUUUAAACUGGAAAACAUGGCCAAUUUUCACUCGGGAUCAACUUCCUGGUGAUAAUAAUAAUAAUUUAUAUGGUCAUCAAACAUUCUUCAUGUGCAUUGAAGAUACUUCUGGAAAGUCAUUUGGUGUUUUCUUAAUGAAUAGCAAUGCAAUGGAGCUUUUCAUCCAGCCUACCCCAAUAGUAACUUACAGAGUUACAGGAGGCAUUCUGGACUUUUAUGUCUUUCUAGGAGAUACUCCAGAACAAGUAGUUCAACAGUAUCAAGAGCUCAUUGGACGACCAGCAAUGCCAGCAUAUUGGAGUCUUGGAUUCCAACUGAGUCGCUGGAAUUACAAGACACUUGAUGUAGUGAAAGAAGUGGUGCAAAGAAAUCGAGAAGCUGGCAUACCAUUUGAUACACAGAUCACUGAUAUUGACUAUAUGGAAGAUAAGAAAAUCUUUACUUAUGAUAAAGUUGCAUUUAAUGGGCUCCCUGAAUUUGUUCAAGAUUUGCAUGACCAUGGGCAGAAAUAUGUCAUCAUCUUGGACCCUGCAAUUUCCAUAGAGAAACGUACCAAUGGAGCAGCAUAUGAAACCUAUGAUAGGGGAACUGAACAAAAAGUGUGGGUAAAUGAGUCAGAUGGGACUACAGCAAUUAUUGGAGAGGUAUGGCCAGGAUUAACAGUAUACCCUGAUUUCACUAGUCCAAACUGCAUAGAAUGGUGGGUAAAUGAAUGCAACCUUUUCCAUCAAGAAGUGAAUUAUGAUGGACUUUGGAUUGACAUGAAUGAAGUUUCCAGCUUUGUUCAAGGUUCAAAGAAAGGAUGCAGUGACAACAACCUGAAUUAUCCACCUUUUACUCCUGAUAUUCUUGACAAACUCAUGUAUUCCAAAACAAUUUGCAUGGAUGCUGUGCAAUACUGGGGGAAACAAUAUGAUGUUCAUAGCCUCUACGGAUACAGUAUGGCCAUAGCCACAGAGAAAGCUGUACAAAAAGUUUUUCCUAAUAAGAGAAGCUUUAUUCUCACCCGGUCAACUUUUGCUGGAACUGGAAGCUAUGCUGCACAUUGGUUAGGAGACAAUACUGCUUCAUGGGAACAAAUGGAAUGGUCUAUUUCCGGAAUGCUGGAGUUUGGUUUGUUUGGAAUGCCUUUGGUUGGAGCAGAUAUCUGUGGAUUUGUGGCUGAGACCACGGAAGAACUUUGCAGAAGAUGGAUGCAACUUGGGGCAUUUUAUCCAUUUUCCAGAAACCACAAUGCUGAUGGAUAUGAGCAUCAGGAUCCAGCAUUUUUUGGACAGAAUUCUCUUUUGGUUAAUUCAUCAAGGCAUUAUUUGAAUAUUCGCUAUACCUUACUACCUUUCCUCUAUACUCUGUUUUAUAAAGCCCAUAUGUUUGGAGAAACAGUAGCAAGGCCAUUUCUUCAUGAAUUUUAUGAGGAUACUAACAGCUGGAUUGAGGACACUCAAUUCCUGUGGGGCCCCUGUUUACUUAUUACCCCUGUCUUGAGACAGGGAGCAACUAUAGUGAGUGCAUACAUCCCUAAUGCUACUUGGUAUGAUUAUGAAACUGGUGCAAAAAGGCCAUGGAAAAAACAACGUGUUGAUAUGUAUCUUCCAGGAGACAAAAUAGGAUUACAUCUUAGAGGAGGUUAUAUUAUCCCCAUUCAGCAACCUGCUGUCACUACAACUGCAAGCCGAAUGAACCCUCUAGGACUUAUAGUUGCACUAGAUGAAGAUAACACAGCAAUGGGAGACUUUUUUUGGGAUGAUGGAGAAACUACAAAUACUAUACAAAAUGGCAACUACAUUUUAUAUACAUUUUCAGUUUCUAAUAACAAAUUAGAUAUUAUAUGCACACAUUCAUCAUACCAGGAAGGAACCACUUUAGCAUUUGAGACUAUAAAAAUCCUUGGGUUAAUAGACACUGUUACAGAAGUGACAGUGGUGGAGGAUAAUCAACCAAUGACAGCUCACUACAAUUUCACUUAUGAUGCUUCUAACCAGAAUCUCCUAAUUUAUAAUCUCAAGUUUAACCUUGGAAGAAACUUUACUGUUCAAUGGGAUCAAACUUUAUUGGAAAUUGAGAAAUUUACUUGUUAUCCAGAUGCAGGAACUGCAACUAAAGAAAGCUGCGAGGAUCGUGGCUGUUUAUGGCAAACGGCUCCUUUCGGAUCCAAAGCACCUGAAUGUUACUUUCCUAAAGAAGACAACUCUUAUUUAGUCCAUUCAACUCAGUACUCAUCAGUGGGUAUAACAGCUGACCUCCAGCUAAAUACUGUAAAUGCUCGAACAAAGCUACCUUCUGAUCCCAUCCCAGCUCUUCGUGUAGAGGUGAAAUAUCACAAAGAUGAUAUGCUGCAGUUUAAGAUUUAUGAUCCCCAAAAUAAGAGAUACGAAGUUCCAGUACCAUUAAACAUUCCAACUACACCAAUAAGUACUUAUGAAAAUAGACUUUAUGAUGUUGAAAUCAAGGAAAAUCCUUUUGGCAUCCAGAUUCGAAGGAGAAGCACAGGAAGAGUUAUCUGGGAUUCUCGCCUACCUGGAUUUGCUUUUAAUAACCAAUUCAUUCAAAUAUCUACGCGCCUGCCAUCAGAAUAUGUAUAUGGUUUUGGGGAAGUGGAACACACAGCAUUUAAGCGAGAUCUGAACUGGCAUACUUGGGGAAUGUUCACAAGAGAACAACCCCCUGGUUAUAAACUUAAUUCUUACGGAUUUCAUCCCUAUCACAUGUCUCUGGAAGAUGAGAGCCAUGCUCAUGGAGUUCUCUUACUUAACAGCAAUGCAAUGGAUGUUACAUUUCAACCAACUCCUGCUCUAACAUAUCGCAUAAUUGGAGGAAUCUUGGACUUUUACAUGUUUUUGGGCCCAUCUCCAGAAGUUGCAACAAAGCAAUACCAUGAAGUAAUUGGCAGACCAGUCAUGCCACCUUAUUGGGCUUUGGGAUUCCAGUUAUGUCGUUAUGGGUACAGAAAUACUUCAGAAGUUCAGCAAGUAUACAAUGACAUGGUGACUGCUCGGAUCCCCUAUGAUGUUCAAUACACAGACAUUGAUUACAUGGAAAGGCAACUAGACUUUACAAUUGAUGACGAAUUCUGGGACCUUCCUCAGUUUGUUGACAAAAUAAGAAAUGAAGGAAUGAGAUACAUCAUUAUCCUGGAUCCAGCAAUUUCAGGAAAUGAAACAAAGCCUUACCCUGCAUUUGAAAGAGGACAGGAAAAAGAUGUCUUUGUCAAAUGGCCUAACACCAAUGAUGUUUGUUGGGGAAAGGUUUGGCCAGAUUUGCCUAAUGUGACAAUAGAUGAAAGUCUAACUGAAGAUGAAGCUGUUAAUAUGGUUGUACCUGUUGCCAUCUCUCAGAAACAGGAAAUAGGUUGGAUGGACCAUGAGUCUGGUCUGAUAAAACGAUACUCUAAACUGAAGUUGCCUUGA